UUCUUCCACCAGAUUAUAAUUAUAAAAUAAAAAGUUAUUCCGAACUUGAACCAAUAAUUACAGCUGAAAAUGUGAAUAUUGGACAAAUAGCUGUGAAUUUAUAUGUGGAUAUUAAUGAUAAAGAAAGUGCUUUGAAUUGGUUAAAUAACUUUCAAGAGACAUUGUAUCCAAGUAAUAAAGUAAAGCAAAAAAAUAAAAAUCGUGAGGUUAAAAAUCCUAACAGUCUACAAAAUAGAGACACAAAUUGCACAGCUAUACUUGAUUUUAAAUUAGAAAAAUCAAAUCUUAAAACUUCUCAUCCAUUAGAGAUUAACCUUCGUUUUACCCACAACUACUUACCUAAUUCAGCUGCUUUGUUUAGUUUCCACCUAGUUAGUAAAGAAACACAAGAACAGUAUAUAGACCUGUUUAGUAUUGGGCAUACAGCAGCCUCAGCAAGAUAUGUAUACGAAGACAAAUUGCAUUUAUCUGCAUCUGAUGAUAAUGAACUUGCACAUUU